UGGAUUUACGUAAACUUUUCUAAAAUUUUUUUACAAAAACUAUUUUGUUCGUACACUUUUAAUUACCACAGUUUUUGGUGAAGUGACAAUGGUGUUAGCAGACUUCUUGACGGAGACAAGGAGAAAAUGGCUGCAGGCCUUCAAACUCUUCAAACGGAACAAGAGUCGCAAGAGCGCUCGCAACCGGGUCUCCCCAGCGCUCGUCCGCUCCCCAUCGUACAGCGGGACCGUAGACGCGGCACCGGAGAUCGACCUGCAACGCUUCUGUCCCUGUCGCACCUCCAUGCCACCAAUACGAGUGAACGAGGCCUUCGAAAACAACGAGUCGUACUACAGUUAUGACAGCUGCUCUCGGAACGGCAGCUUGCAAAGUCAUCACAGUCAGUCGAGUAGGUGGGACUCUGCUUACGGCUCGCACAGGAGCAGCCCGCAGAGGGCGCUGUGCUACGCUGCUGUGACGUAUUGCACCGCGCUGGACAGUGAAGACAGCAGCAGCAUCCACACAGAGUACACGCUGCUGGACGCUGACCAUGCCGAAGACGAGCACUCGCAGAACGUGCUCAACGAGACCCGUGAGACAGUCAUAGAGGCAGCCCUGGCGGAGCAGGCGAGCAGCAACGCUGCUGUGACGCACUGACAGAGGCAAUGUACGCACUGGGUAUAUUCUGCUGGUCACUGGUUAUUAGUACUAAUAUUAUAAAUUCGAUAGUUUGUAUGGCCUUACUUUACGCUCUAACUUAGCAAGCAAUCGACUUGAUCUUUGGCAUAGGAUGGAGUUGAAAGGUCGGAGAGUAACAAAGAUAACAGUAGAAUAACUUUUAAUACCAGGAAAAUAAACGGUCUCAAAGGAAUUUAGAUAGAAGCAGACGUAAC